AUGGUUGCAUUCACUAAGCUCACGCGCGCCGUCACCCUUCUGGCCGGCUAUGCUGCCGCUCACCCCGUCCCUAAGAGCUCCGCUUACAUGAAGAAAGAGUUAGUCGUCCGCGAUCACCAUGCCGCCAACGGCGCCCGCUAUAUCGGCGGUUGCUCCAACUCGGCCAGCGCCCAGGCCCUCAAAGCCCGCUCUGUCAAGCGCCGUAUCGAGUCGGUCAAAUCGAUCCGCGAGAAGUGUGGUAUCAAGGCUUCCGCCAAGAAGGGCAAGCGUACGCUCGAGGAUCUGCAGGCAUUGGGAAGCCAUCAACCAUAA